AUGGGCUCCACGGAAAACGGCACUACUAACCGCGGCUUUGGGACACUGGCUGUCCACGCCGGCUCCCCUCAUGACCCGGUGACCGGCGCUGUCAUUGCUCCGAUCUCUCUCUCUACCACAUAUGCUCAGACCAGUGUCGGAAACCCCGUUGGUCUGUACGAGUACACACGGAGCUCUAACCCCAACCGUGAUAACUUUGAGCAAGCCGUUGCAGCUCUCGAGCAUGCCAAGUACGCUCUGGCCUUCUCCUCCGGCUCCGCCGCUACGGCCAACAUUCUCCAGUCCCUUGCUGCUGGCUCCCACGUCGUUUCGGUCUCCGAUGUUUACGGUGGUACCCACCGAUACUUCACCAAGGUUGCUUCGGCGCAUGGUGUCCACGUCACCUUCACCCCCUCCAUUGAGUUGGAUGUGGAGCAAUUGAUCCGCCCCGAGACCAAGCUCAUCUGGAUCGAGACCCCCUCCAACCCGACUCUUGGCUUGGUGGAUAUCCGGGCUGUUUCCAACAUUGCCCACCAGCACGGCAUUCAGGUCGUUGUCGAUAACACUUUCAUGAGCCCCUACGUCCAGAACCCAUUGGACCACGGUGCCGAUCUUGUUGUUCACUCCGUGACCAAGUACAUUAAUGGCCACUCCGAUGUCCUGAUGGGCGUGGCUGCCUUCAACUCCGAGGCCCUCAAGGAGCGCCUCGGCUUCCUCCAGAACGCCAUCGGCGCUGUGCCCUCUGCAUUCGACUGCUGGCUUGCUCAUCGCGGUCUGAAGACCCUCCACCUGCGUGCCCGCGAGGCGACCAAGAACGCCACUGUCAUCGCCAAGGCCCUUGAGUCUUCUCCCCACGUCAUCUCCCAGCACCGUGAUGGUAUGGGUGGUGGUAUGCUCAGCUUCCGUAUUAAGGGUGGACAGCAGGCUGCUCACGAUUUCUGCAAGUACACUAAGGUCUUCACCCUCGCCGAGAGUCUGGGAGGUGUUGAGAGUCUGUGCGAAGUGCCUUCCAGCAUGACCCAUGCUGGUAUCCCCAAGGAACAGCGCGAGGCCGCCGGGGUCUUUGAUGACCUUGUCCGCAUGAGCUGUGGUAUUGAGGACUCUGUGGAUCUGCACGCUGAUGUGAUGCAGGCUCUCAGCUUGGCUGCUGUGGGCAAGAAGGCUUAA